AUGUCCGAGCUAUUCGAUCUGAAGUGGCUGUGGCUCUCUACUUUUCUGUUCUCUACCUUGACUUUCGCCAUCCCUAAAGUCGCUGGCUGUCGCUGUCUCCCCUUCCAGAGUUGCUGGCCCACGCUGCAGGAUUGGUCUGCUCUCAAUAGUUCUAUUCAGGGAAAUCUUGUCGCGGUUCGACCUGUGGCGGCUGUAUGCUACCCAGCAGAGUUUAAUGAGGAAAGGUGCAAGUAUGUCAACGCGUCAUGGACAGAUCCCGUAUGGCGAGCGGCCGAGCCCGGUGCGGUACAGUGGGAGAACUGGGAAGCAUGGCCAGCGCGGAAUGAGAGAUGUUAUAUCGAGACGACGAACACAACUUGCGGCCAGGGAAGCGUCUCAUUAUACUCAGCGAAAGUCGUGAGUGCAUCUCAAAUCCAAGAAGCAGUCCGUUUUGCUAGAACGCAUGAUAUACGCCUCGUCAUAAAGAACUCAGGCCAUGACUUCUUAGGCCGUUCCUCAGCCCCUGAAUCUCUACAGAUCUUCACUCAUGGCAUGAAAGGUAUACAGCUUCAUAAUAAUUUCAUGCCAAAAGGGGCCCCCCGAAAUAGCGGCGGAAAAGGCUACGCUGUUACAAUCGAGGCUGGCGUGAGCGUAGCAGAGCUCUACGGCGCGGUCUCAGAACAGAACCGAACGGUGAUCGCUGGCGCUGCGGGCACAAUCGGCGCUGCUGGAGGCUAUAUCCAAGGAGGUGGUCAUUCUCCCUUCGGUGCGUGGAAAGGGCUGGGCUCAGAUAAUGCUCUCGAGUUCCAGGUGGUGCUGGCGAGCGGCCGUCUUGUCUACGCCAAUGCAUACCAAAACUCCGACUUAUUCUGGGCGUUGCGAGGUGGAGGUGGAGGGACGUUUGGUGUGGUGGUCAGCGCUACGCUUCGCACGCAUCCUGAAGUUCCAGUUGUGGUGUCCAAUAUCAAUAUCACUACCUCGCUCGACCCUUCCUCUCAUUUCUGGGAUGGAUUUGCUGAGCUUCAUCGAGCUCUGCCGGCGCUGAAUGAUGCCGGCGGCUCAGGUUACUAUGCUGCCUGGCCGAAUUACCCUCUCAAUGCGACGGCAGGUGUUUCUACGAUGUCGGUAAUCCUGUUCUUUGCAAACUACUCAGACACCGCCAAAGUUGACCAACUGUACUUGCCAUUGAUCUCAAAGUUGAAACGAAUCGAGGGCAUCAUGACUCAAUACAAAGCUUUCAGCUCUCCUAGCGUGAACGCGACUCUGUCGAGCAUUAUCUCGCCACAAAAUGACACGGGUGUUUUCGCUCUUAUAGCAUCACGGCUAUAUUCCAAAGAUCUUUUGACUUCGCAGAACGGACCAGAGAAAUUCGCAAAGGCAUGGAGCAGCCUCACUCAUCCGCCCGGUAUACCAAUACUAGGCAAUGUGGUGGCAGGAGGUGCCGUUGCCGCGAAUGGUGAUACAAUUGACAGUGCUGUGAACCCCGCAUGGCGGAAAACCACGGUACACACGGCCUUCCAAAGGACAUGGAGCCCGACUGCGACUCUAGCGGAACAACAAGCAGUUCUCAACAACGUCACAAACGUGGAGUUACCCAUUAUUCGAUCUCCCGAGGGCGCGGACAAGAUGGGGGCGUAUGUGAAUGAGGGUUAUGCCUACGAGACAGAUUUCCAGGCGUCGUUUUGGGGCAAGAACUACGAUCGUCUCUACAAGAUCAAACAGCAGGUGGACCCGACUGGACUCUUUAUCACACGCAGGGGCGUAGGCAGCGAGGACUGGGAUGAUUCUGGAUUGUGUCGUAUUGCAGCGAAAUAA